AUGAAAAGCGGCGGCUCGAGCGCGGCGUUAUCCAAAUUAAAGAGCUCCACAUCAGGGCUAGGGGCGGACCCAGGUGGGGGAACAGGGCCGCCGCCAGCGCGGCGGCUGAAGCUGAAGGAGUUUCUGACGAUCACGAACAGCUUCGACGAGAACGGCGUGCUAGGGGAGGGCAGCUUCGGCAAGGUGUACCGCGGCGUGUGGGAGGAGGCGCCGGCGGGGCGAGGCGGGGGGGGCGAGGUGGUGCGCACGCAGGUGGCGGUGAAGAAGCUCAACCCGGAGAGCUUCCAGGGCUACGAGGAGUGGCUGGCGGAGGUGUUGCUACUGGACAAGUUGCGGCACCCGAACCUGGUGCGGCUGGUGGGGUACUGCGCGGAGAAGGGCGAGGCGCUGCUGAUGUACGAGCUCUGCCCCAAUGGCUCGCUCGACGACGUGCUCUUCGAACCGGAGGAGUACGUGUUGUCGUGGGAGCAGCGCGUGCGCAUAGCGCUGGACGCGGCGAAGGGGUUGGCGUAUCUGCACGAGAGCAACAUCAUCCACCGCGACUUCAAGGCCUCCAACAUCCUGCUCGCCGAGGACUACUCGGCGCGGCUGACGGACUUUGGCAUGGCGCGGGCAGGGCCGGACGGGGGGGAGACGCACAUCUCGACGCGAGUCAUGGGCACGCUGGGCUACCUCGACCCCACCUACAUGGAAACCGGGCGGCUGACAAAGAAGAGUGAUGUGUAUGCAUUCGGAGUGCUGCUGCUGGAGCUGCUGACAGGGCGGCGCACAACAGGCGAGAGCGGCAACGACAGCCUGACGACGUGGAUCCGGCCGUUCCUGUCGCAGCGGCGGCCAGACCUGAACCUGCUGGUGGACCCGCAGCUGAAGGGCGAGUUCAGCAAGGCGGGCGCGGUGAAGAUGGCGAUCCUGGGCAAGCACUGCAUCCACGACGACCCCGGGCUGCGCCCCGACAUGACCACCCUCGCUGAGAACCUCGAGCUCGUUGACAUCAAGGACCCCGCGCCGCCGCCCCCCCAGGCUGGAUGA